AUGAGCUCAGCAUUUUUAAAUCGUCGGAAGCCACGAAAGGUUGGGGGAGAUGAAGAGGAUGAGGCAGAUGGGGGUGCCACUCCUGAGCCGGUCGUCAAGAGACCAACAAAGUCGAAACCCAAGUCGAAGCUGCGCAUGUCAUUCAACCCCGGCGGUACAUCAAUGGCCGAUGAGGGAGAAGAGCCAAGCGAAGUCGUCAUCCCGAAACGACAUGGCUUAGGACGAAAGGCGAUGGAGCGCAAUGCUUCUCAACGAAAUAUCCUUCUUUCAGGCGCGGCAGAGCAAUUAUCUUCACGUUUCGGACAUGAUCUGGAUCGCCCUAGCUACAGCAGCGACUAUCUCAAAGAACUCAAAGACUCGACGCCAUCCACACCGAAGAGCACAGAUGACGAGUCGAAGGCGGUCGAUGUGGCAGCCAAGUUUGGCGAGGUCAUGGUGGUUUCCGCCCCGUCAGCUAUCCCCAGCGAAGCUGAAAUCCGAGAAAAGAAAGCUCGUCGAGCGCGAUUAGCCUUGGAACACAGUGCUAAGUCUACAGAGGAAGACUUUAUUUCACUGGAUGAAGGUGCGCUGAGCGAUGAUGAUUGGGACGCGAUCGCGCGUGGGGAAAAAUCAGCCGAGGAUGCGAAGGACACACGACUUAUUCGCGACGAUGAGGACUUUGCUGAAGGAUUUGAUGAAUACGUGGAGGAUGGAAAGAUCUCGCUGGGGAAUCAAGCGGAGCGUGAACAAAAACGUAAACAACGUGAUGCUAUGCGUGAGCUUAUCGAAAAUGCCGAAGGACCUUCGGACGAGGAAGAUUCCGAUCUCGAAGAGAAAGCCGCAUACGAAGCGAAGCAAACCAAAGCUGCUAUUGGUCACAAGUCCGAUGGCAUCGAGCGUCCUCGUACUCCACCUAAGAUGACAUCCUUGCCUCGGCUGUCUAACAGUCUUGAAAGACUGCGGAUGUCUCUGGCAGCAAUGGAAACGUCUAAGACCCAAAUGAUCGUCCGUAUGGAGGACCUUCGCAAAGAAAAGGCAGAUAUCGCUGUUCGUGAGGUCGAAAUUCAAACCCUCAUCAAAGAGGCGGGAGAAAAUUACGAACGGUUGAAAAAGGAGGCCGGUGUUGACCCAUCUGCAAAUGAGGAUGUCACGGCAGGGGCGUUGGAGAAGUCGCGAGGAUUGGAGAGUAUCGGAGCGUCACUACAAGUUUCCGAUUCCAGUUCUGAGGAAUUAUGA